UAUGUCAAAUGUAGAGCUUUCUACGUGGAGAGAGGUUGACAACUUGACGGUUGAACGUUCAGCCGCAGUGAGCUCUGUGAAAGUGCGUAACGCGUGUAGCGAACAUGAGCAAAACGCAGGAAAAUUCAGUUGAGGAUGAAAUUAAUCUUUUUAACCCGACUAUAUUGGAUAGGUUGCCAAUAUCGCAUGUUCCUGGAUUACUCAUAAGACCAUUAAAAAACACAGAUUAUGAAAAAGGUUUCAUGGUGCUUCUCUCUCAAUUGACCGAUGUUGGAAAUGUUACCAAGGAACAAUUUUUAAAUAGAUUCUACAGUAUGAAGACUGCUGGUGGUUACUACGUUGUUGUUAUCGAGGAUCCGAAUGCUGGAAAAGUAAUUGGGUGCGCGACAUUAGUCGUAGAGCAAAAGUUUAUUCAUAAUUGUAGCAUGCGGGGACGCCUAGAAGAUGUGGUAGUCAACAACACUUACAGAGGCAAGUCGCUAGGAAAAUUAGUGGUGACAAUCAUAGUGCAGCUAGCACGCCAUUUUCACUGUUACAAAUUAUCUUUGGAUUGCAUAGAUCGUUUAGUGCCAUUCUACGAGAAUAUCGGUUUCAAGCGUGAACCUAACAAUGCAAAUUAUCUCAAUAUGCGCUUCCAUGGUGAGAAAGCCACUGAACAAUCUCACUUAUAGUAACACACGACUGUUUUAUCGCCUAUCUGAUAACGACCAAUCACGAAUUUCCUCUUACAUAUUUAUGACUCAUUACCCAUAUGGACAGGAAACUCAAAUAUUACAUUAUCCUUGACCAAUUUGCAAGUAGAAAAACAAUCGUGCAAUUUGUGUUUUCUAUGGAGUUUUAUCUCAUUUUAUAAUAGAUAAAAAAUUUUGUAGUUUUUGUUUAUAAAAAAGAAUUUAUGACAUUGAUUAUGUGAAACAAAAUGUAUUGAAUAUGUUAUGUCGUUUGUGUAUCUUAAUAUUCAUUAAUUUAAUAUAUCCUCUCUAGUUCUAAUUUAAAAAAAAAAGGUGGAGUCUAUAACAUACAUAUAAAGCAUACAGUCAUGUAACUAUAUAGCUUGUAAAAAGAAGCAAUUGUUAAAUAAAAUAAUUAAUUUUAC